ACUUGAUGACGCAAUAUUUGUUAUUAACCGUACGUUUGGUUUUUAAAUGUUUGCGGAUUUUCUGGGGUUUUAAUCAAUUGAUACGUCUGUUUUACGUGUUUGAAUGGAUUAUAGGCUUUUAGGUGUAGGAAUGAAUUCUGGUUUGACUUUGUUAACGGAAUUCAAACAGGCUUUUCUGUUUGGGGUUUAUGCAAUUUCGAUUCUCUACGAAAUUUCCCUGAAAAUUACUGAUUGGUUCUUUCUUAAAAUCAGAUUUGAUGGACACUGUUUCCGAUUCGUUUGCGUUUGAGUUUCUUGUUAUUAAAUUGAUGGGACAUUUAUUACUUCAUUGUCGCCAAACUUGAUAUUUGAUAUAAUAAUCGACCUCGAUUCUUCACCCUCUUUCAAUUGGGUUCAUGGAUCAUGAACUGAUUAUUGUAGCCACAACUGUAAAAGCCAUGUUUAUGCAUUAAUUGCCUAAACCAAGAUGUUUUGUGCUUGAUGAACUGUGUGCUAAGUGGUAGUGACAAGAAAACAUUACAAAAGUUUCCAUACACUUGAAUCAACCUCCAAAACUGGAUCAAAUGGAUCUUAAAUCAAACCACAACUCUCCCAUCCUCACCGACCCUGCGCCUAUCAGCAAGUCUAGGCUGGGCGUACAUUCAAAUAUGUUGCCAUAUGCAGCUGCUCCAGGAGUUGGUUUCUCUCCGAAUUUGCUUCUAAUCCCAAGGAAAAAAACUGGUGUUCUUGAUGAUGUUCGAGCAAGCUGCUGGCUAGAUGCUAUGAAAUCUUCAUCUCCUCCUCCUAAUAGAAUCUCCAAGGACGUUGUCAAUGAGCUUCCAUCAUUUGAUCCCGAUUUUCUGUACCGCAAUUGGAUGGUUAAGUAUCCAUCAGCACUUGGCUCAUUCGAACAGAUUGUAACUCAUGCCAAAGGCAAGAGAAUAGUAUUGUUUCUGGACUAUGAUGGGACUCUUUCGCCGAUCGUAGAUAACCCUGACUGUGCUUUCAUGUCUGAUGCUAUGCGUGCAGCGGUAAAAGAGGCUGCAAAAUAUUUCCCAACUGCUAUAAUUAGUGGAAGAAGUCGUGACAAGGUUUACGAAUUUAUAGGACUAAGAGAACUGUACUAUGCUGGGAGCCAUGGAAUGGAUAUUAUGGUCUCUGAUAGACACUCAACUAACAACCAGGGCAAGGAAGUUAUGUUUCAGCCUGCUAGUGAAUUCUUACCUUUGAUAGACGAGGUUUACAAAUCCCUGAUUGAAAUCACUAAGGGAAUUGCUGGAGCAAAAGUUGAAAACAACAAGUUCUGUGUGUCUGUUCAUUACAGAAAUGUGGAUGAUAAGAACUGGAAUGCUCUUGCGAAUUGUGUUUAUGACCUUUUGGAAGAUUACCCCCGGCUGCGUGUCAGUCAUGGUCGUAAGGUUUUAGAAGUACGACCUGUGAUUAGCUGGGACAAGGGGAAAGCUGUUACAUUCUUGCUGGAAUCUCUCGGACUUAACAAUUGUGAUGAAGUGCUCCCUAUUUACGUGGGAGAUGACCGCACGGAUGAAGAUGCAUUCAGGGCUUUGAAAGAAAGGAAUUGCGGAUAUGGGAUAUUAGUGUCAUCAGUGGCGAAGGAAAGCAGUGCGGCAUACUCUUUGAGAGACCCAUCUGAGGUGAUGGAGUUUCUGAAGUCACUGGUGACAUGGAGGAAGUCAAGUGCUUUAUGAACAGAGCAAGUAAUGAAUAUAACAUUAAUUGAUUGAUCCAUAUAAUCAAAAGAGUAUAGAAAGGAAGAGGGUAUUGUUACUAUUAUUAUUAUUAUUAUUGGUUUUGGAGCAGAUUUACAAUUCCUUUUUAGAGUUUUGUAGACGAAAUGUUCCAUUCUUAAUAAAACUAUAUAUCACAGAGAGAGGAAUGAAGGAAACAAAUGGCUUCUUCCUUUCAUUUAUUCAAUUCAGCAAUGCAAUAACGUUGUUGAUUCUUUCAUUCAUUCAUUCAUUCAUACCCUUUUCUUUCAUUCCAUUUCUGGCUUUCUGCUAUGAACACAAAA